CGACCGCCCGGUGCAAGGUCACUCGAGGUUGUUUCAGAUGCGCUACCGGCCCGGGGUUUGUGGGGAAUCGGGGCAGCUGCGGGGAGCGCCUCACCGCACGCCGUGCCGCUCCGUCCCCGACGGCCACGGGUGUGCAUCUCUCAAGCAGUGAAGAUAUACUCAAGCAGUGAAGAUAUAGCAGUAUUCACAACAAGAUCUCGAAAAGACCCUUCUUCAACGCCUUUGAAAAGAAGCGCAACUACUCGGGAACAGCAUUUCUGCCAUGAUGCCUCUUGUCUCCACUGCCGUGGUCAUCGGCAUCGCGAUGGCCGUAGCAGACCCGGUCGUCGUGACGGAGAACGGCAAGGUCCAGGGAACAACGGUGACCAUUUUCAAUGGAACGAGUGUAGUGGACGCCUACCUUGGGAUACCGUACGCUACACCACCGGUCGGAGAACUUCGUUUCAAGGAACCGAGUCCACCCGUCCCAUGGGAACCGUACACGCUGCAAGCAACGAAAAAGAGCUCGGCAUGCAUACAGUUCUCGCCAGCGAACCCGCUGCCACCUUGGGUAGAAACUGAAAACGAACAGAGCGAGGACUGCCUCUACCUGAAUGUAUGGACGCCACGGGAAAAGGAAAACGCCACGGAAAACUUGCGAAACGUGAUGGUGUGGAUCCAUGGCGGGGGUUUCAAUUUCGGGUCAGCCUCAAUGGAUGUCUACGACGGUGCGGUCCUGGCAGCUGCGGGAGACGUGGUCGUCGUGUCGAUGAACUACCGUCUAGGAAUAUUCGGAUUCCUCGCACUGCCAAACGACAGGACGCCAGCUGUGGGGAACCAGGGACUCCUGGACCAAGUGCUCGCCCUGCGCUGGGUGCAGGAAAACAUCGUAAACUUUGGCGGCGACCCGAAGCGAGUGACGUUGUUCGGCGAGAGCGCCGGCGGGUGGUCCAUCGCGUACCACGCCAUCUCGCCCAUGGCACGCUCGCUCUUCCAUAGAGGCAUCGUCCAGAGUGCCGGAGUCCUGGUCCAGCAACUUGCUGACUCAUUCAGUACAGCGGAGACGAAGGCAAUGCAGGUGGCCGAUAGCGUCGGGUGCCUACCAGAAACGGAUGACGCCAGCAUCGUUGGUUGCCUGCAAAACAAGAGCGCCCACCACCUGGCCAUCAUGGAGGCCAUCGUGUGCACUCAGCACAUGGUGUGCUUCACCGCCGUCUACGGCGACCAGUACCUGCCGAAUGACCCUGUGACAGCCGCAGACGUGAGCGUACCCAAGGAAUUCCUGCUCGGCAACGUGGAAAACGAAGGCUCUGUGUUCGCUAGCCUGUGGUAUUGGAUGCAGUUUCCGUUCCAUAGUGCCAUGAACGUCGGCAAGCAGGACAUGCUGUACUUCUUCAUGAAAACCUUCUCGUUCAUGCCAGAUAUAGUGGCGAGAGCGGUGUACAACUUGUACGUCGGAGCGCUUCGGGAAACCGAGUACCCCAAACUGCGGUCGGAACUUGGCCACGCCAUUGGCGACGCUUUCCUUCGCUGUCCCGAGGUGUUCUUCGGCGAGAAAUUGUCGCUGCACAAUUCGCACGUCUACUACUACAACAUGGUGUAUCACUCGGCGACAGCCACCCACCUUGAUCCCUGGUUUGGUCUGACACACUUCGAGGACGUGCAGUACGUGUUCGGAAUGCCGCUCAGGGACCGUCCUCCGAAGAAGUACUCGCCGGCUGACGCGGAAUUUAGCCGCCACGUAAUGAACAUAUGGGUGACCUUCUCAAAAACUGGGGUUCCGCCUAUGGUGGAGGGCGAUGCGUGGCCUCUAUUCGAUGCUAAGGACCACAAGGUGGUUAGCCUGGACCACAACCGCACCUACACGGAAACGCUGCGGCAGCUGGAGCGGUGCCGCUUCUGGGAGGCGCUACACAAGCCCAACCUCCAAAGUGAACUCUCCGACUGCCUCUGAAAGCCAUCGUUCUGCACACGCUGCAAAGUAGUGUACCGUACACCACCAAAAGUCACGCGGACGCAAUCUGACUGUGCGACAAACACCCCCGUUAACACAUGCGCUUCAAUGAUUUGAUCUGAACAAAAACGAAAAAAGUGUUUUUUUUUCUCCUCCUAGUGCUCUGCUACUGCGUUUAAACAUAAGAAGGCCCUGGAGAGGGUUUUAGGGAUUCUUCGUAGUCACAGCAUGCAGUUUUCUGUUACACUUGGGCCUAGCAGCUCUUCCGCGCUGACUGGCAUUUGGCUCGUGUCCGCAGUACUUUGCCUAACGUCCAGUUUUUGCUCUUCCGCCAGAUAACUUCCUCAGAAGAGAUGUCUACUCUUUCUAUUUUAUUGGCUCAAUUAGAGGCUUCAAUUUAUGCCUGUGUUUGAUAGGUUUGAAGUACGGAUGCUAGCUUUACGGAGGACUAUGCGCUGCCGCAACUCGCGCUUAGUUCCGCUUAGCUCCUUAGCUCAUGUCAUUUCGAUCUUGGUAUUUGAGUAUGAUUUCCAGUUGCUCAUAUUCCUCAGUUUCGUAAUUUUUCUGGCACAAGAUCGCCAUUGCCUUCACUACGCUUUUUGAGAGGUGCUAAAAACUGAAUAACUGAAUGUGCGCGUUCUUACGGCGAUUCAGCAAAUUAUUAGAGGCUUCAUUUAGAAAGCGUCUGGGCACUUCUUUUCAAUGCCUAAAACAGUAAAUUAUGCGUCUGAGUGCCCAUACGAUGCCCCAGCAGUCAGUCGUACUAACAUUCAUGUUAUACACUAAUACAGGUUGAAUUAAAUCUCAGUUUAACAUGACAUCUCUGAAGAAUACCAGGCACUAAUAUAAAGGCUCUCAAAAUCAACAGUUUAAAUCUUUCUAAUCCGUAAAUGCAUAACAAUUCCACAAUACUUAGUAAAGGAAACACAAUGUCAAUCAUGGGUGUGCAUCGCGCCUUGCAUUUGCAAGUGUUUGGAUGUGAAAUGCAAUGCAGUGUAGGCAGAUUUUACAGUGUGCUGACGUUCGAACAAACAGCAAAAGAUGAGAAGAAAAAGAAAAGAAACAACGCCAUGCUUAUACAUGUAAGUGAAGCUUGACGAGGCUUGGAUUUAAUUAAGAAGCCUAAUAAGAGCUGAGCGAGUAAAUUGCGUGUUCUGGCUUACAGUGCGAAUUCUCCUAUAUUCAGUUGAAGAACGUACAAUGAUAACUUAAUCGAUGUUGAGUAAUAAAAAGGUGCAGCUAUACUGCCACAUUUUUGGUUUUCUGAGAAAGGAAUGCACACAAAAAGGGAAACAAAUACAACGAUCUGUAGUACGCAACCUUAGUCGUUAUGAACUACUUUACUACACGAUUGUGCGACGUCCUUUGCCGAUAAUAAUCUGUUUUUCGAUUUAAUCACAAGCUACACAACCCAAAAUACUUUUGAAUACACCAACAGCAAGUAACGUCUCAGUUUGCCUUUAUUUCUCUAUGCCUCGUCUGAAGUAGAUACAGAUCUGAGUUGUUUUUCAACCCAUGUGUUGUGAUUAAUGGGUCUCUAUUGCUGAUGGAAAAUCUGUCAUAACGCCAUUAUUUGGCCGAGUUGGUUGAGUUCACGGUCAUGUAAAUGCGCUCCACAGAUAAGGACAAUAAAAUUGAAGGACGAGACACACAGACAAACCAAUUUCUGUCUGUAUAUAUCUGACCACAAAGUUUUCAAACAUACCACUUGAAAGUAAGCGCUCUGUGGUCUCGACUUUCAAUUCUAUUACCCCUGUUUGUUAACCGCAUUUACAAAUUCAUCUAUCAUUACAACGGGCGGCAACAUGAACUUGGCACUGAUGCCCCUGCCAGCACCAAGAAAUGCCAGGCAUCCACAGAACAUGUGUCAACAGUCAUCUGGCCAUGACGCCGCGUGAAAAUAAAGAGUACACUCGAGUAGUAGAAAAGCAGAAGAAAAAGAAAUAGCUCCUGCUUUGUAUUUAUUGCUGUUAUUGUUGUCACUAUCUCUGAUUAAAUUGCUCUGACACAGUUGCUAUAUUAUGUGCAGUGUGGUUUCAGUGAGCAUGAAUCUGUUCAUGCUUGCGUUACUUUCCCACGACAUCAGCUAUUAUUAAGAGUGAGAAAAGAUGCAUGUACACGUUUUGCUUUUUUCUUGAUUUUUCAUUUUUUUUCAAGAGUAUUUAAACUUAUGCAAUGGCAACGGGUAGGCAGUUACACUGUCAGAAAAGUAUAAAUGACGUCCUAUCAAGUGACCAUCCCACGGAGUUCGUGUCUUGACAUACAAGCUUACAAUGACACCACCUGCAAAAAACCCUCACCCGCGCAAUCUCUGGUCAGUGCAAUUUGCAGUUGGUGUCAUCAGAAUUAAGCUCCCAUCUUAUUUCCUAAGAAAGACAACCCUGAGCCAGCAAGCGUGUUUCCCGACUGCUCGGCUAAAAUACGUUGUCUGGACAGCAGAACUCGGACGGUUAA